AUGUCGGCAUCAUCAUCCUUGGGAUUCUCUGAUGUUGAUGCCACUAUUGUAGCCUCUUCGGAGAGCAACCAGCUGAACCUUAGCUCAGGAAGAGAUGAUCAGUUGGCAAAGGGUUCUUCCCCAAAGCCAAUAAGAAGGCGGGCAAGAGCUUCCAAAAAAACACCCACCACCCUUCUCAAUGCUGACGCCAGCAAUUUUCGAGCCUUAGUGCAACGAUUUACUGGUUGUCCUACAACACCACCCCUUUCAACCAACAACAGAAGAGGCCCUAUCAACUUGAACUUUGCUCUCGGGAGUGAUCACCAUCAGAGCGGGACUGCAAGUUCCGUAAUGCCAGCCGCUGCCAGCGAUUAUUAUUAUCCACCAAGUCAUCAACAACAUCAUGCGGUAUCAUUCCCCAAUGUUCACCCCGAUGCCUACUUUAGCUCUUCUAGCAGUAGAGCUAACGCCGAUCAGAUCCUCCACGAUUUUGACUUGGAUAAUAUUUCUUUGCAGGCGUUUAAUAGGGACGUCCCUUACACCAAUGAAAAUGCAAAUGAUGGCAAUUACUUCUUGUAA